AUGGGUCAAGUUUUGAGUAAGGAUAAUGAAGACGAGGCGAACUUAAACGUCACUCAGAAGCAAUUCACAAAGGACAAAGUCUUAGAGUAUUUUAAUAUCCAAAACCAUUUGCAAUUUCGUCCAGUUGAAAUAAGAGCAAUAACUUCAAAACUAGGUAUAAAGAAUAUCAAAGAAAAGUCUGAUGUUACGUUAAAUGACUUGAUAUAUUUACUUAAAAUAAUAAAAGAUGAAGAUAUUGAAGGUAUAGACCACAACAUUAAGCAUGUACUCAAUAUAUUGAGUAACUCUUUUACAGUCAUUGGGAAUUUUCCAUUUCUACAAAGUGAGACGACACCUAAACUAAGCAUUGAAAGUUUGAUGAAAUCUGCCUUAUUUCAUACUGGUCGCUAUAAGAGAUUGUUAACCGCAGAAUACGACUAUCUAAAGUUAGUCUUUAUAUCGUUGAGUGGUAUUAACAAAACUUAUCUCGAAGAAAAGACCAGCUCUAGUCCCAGUAGUAGUGACGACAAAGAAGAUACAUUGUACAAUCUAGAUGUUAUGGGUUUCUCCUCAGAAGAUGAAGAUAGUAUUUUAUCACGAAAAAUCAAAUGGAAUACGUUCAAUGUGAUACAAUCAUUCGACGACAUUGAUUUGGAUUCUAUAUAUGUUGGUGCAUACGAUUUAUUGAAACUACUUACGUUCUUUUUAAUUCUUUCUUCUGUUCCUGAAAUGAGCCACACGCAAAUGCAAGAUCAUUUGUCAAAAAGCAUUGCAAGAUGGUCUGAAUUUGAAACCUACUGUCUAAGCAUAAUAAGAUAUAUAAAUUUGGAUAUUAAUGUGAAGAAUAUUAAAAGCACUAAGAUUUCAUAUGAGGAGUUUAAAAGAGGAAUUUCCAAUGGUUUUCCACUAUUCUUCUCGAACGCAUGGAUGAAAAUCUUCAAAAAUGGCAUCUUAUCAUCAAUAAGUACUACAGAUGUAGCGAAUUCUAAUAAUGCCCCAGGGUCUCAUGGAGAUGCAAAUGAUAAUGAGGUACCUAAGGUUCACAAGAAAACACCCAAUUUUGUAGAAUCAAAGCUUAUUAAUGAUGCUUCCAUCUCAGUGAUCUCAAUGUGUUUGAAAAAUAUGAAGUCUAACCUAAGCAUUACGACCCAGAAUUUAAUCAAAUUGUAUGCUGGAUCUGAAUCAGGGUUUUCUAUUAGGUCAUUGGAGCUGAAGAUUUUCAAAUGGCAAGCACCUACGCUAUUAUUGGUUUCAGGAAAAAGAGUGAAAAAUAAAACUAUGAAACAUAAUAACAGGUACAUUCAGUUUAAUGAAAUGUAUCCACUGUAUUUUAGGUCUCUGGAAAGCCCAAAAAAAGACUGGCAAGAUGAUAAUGAUAAGAUGACCUACGCUGUAAUUAUAAAUCUGCCUUGGAAAAACUCGAAUAAAAACAACUUUGGUGAUGAAGACACCGUGAUUUUAAACCUCCUGCCAAGAUUCGACUUUUAUAAAAGUGUACAUAACCCUGUCUUAAAUGGUAAGCUGAUAUAUUUCAAUAAUUUGGGUAUGGGUUUAGGGUUUGGAAAUAGUCAACCAAUUAAUAAGAAUACUGUAAAAAAGUUUUUGCCAGGAGAUAUUUCCUUGACAAUCGAGGCUAACUUGGAAUUUGCAAUAUUUAGGCAUAUCUCAUCUCCUAAUUCGAAUGGCGCCUCAUUCUUCCAAAAGUCGAAACAAAAUGAAAUAUCCGUUCAAGAUUUCGAAGAUAGAUUCAUGAUAAGCGACUUGGAAGUUUGGGGAAUAGGCUCUACCAAGGAGUUGGAGGAACAAAGGAAACAGUGGGCGUGGGAAGAGAAGCAAGCUGAAGCAAGACAAAGCGUAAAUUUAAGAGGUUUAGGAGAAGAACGGGCAUUUUUGGAAAUGGUAGGCCUUGUUGGUAACCAUAGUGCUAAUGGUGGUUCUAUGUAA